AUGGGUCAUUUCAAUUCACUGUUCUUACUCUUAUGUGUGCAAAUUUUUAACCUCCUUUUUCUUUCCCUGGUGAGUGAUGUGUCCUUUGGCUUUCCUUUAUUUCAACUUUCGGUCUCACAGGGGCAUUUCGGGUUGCGAAAAGUCGAGUGCUUUUGUGGCCAGCCGGAAUUAUUAGGGCAUGAGUUACAAACUGGUGGAAAUUUUAGGGUGGGCGGGGUUCUGGGAUAUGGUUGGUUUUUCAUUUUUGUUAUUGACUUUUUCUUCAUUUCUCUUUGGUGAUUGAAAUUUGACUUUCUUUCCUCAUUGCCCCGUUUUAUCUUCAAUUGGUGUUUCCCCAUGCUGAAGUUGAGGGAAGUGGGGUCGUCGGGUGGUUCAUAUCGAUCUGAGGGGUGUGCGCAGAAAGGUAUUUCGGACUGUGCGAGGAGGUGGAUCCUAAAAUGGGGGGGAUAAAUCACGAUUGACAAAAAAAGCGGGAAAAGAUGAAAUUAAUGAAAAAAAUAAUUAAAUCAGAACUUGCUGAAUGCACAUUUUACUUGGAAAA